AUGACUGAGUUUCAGGGGAACAGCUUUGCACGCAUAGUCGAACGGACUCUCGAGGACGGUCUGGACCUCGGCAUCUACAAGGCAAUAUUGGUUGGGCAGCUAGGGCAGGUGCCUAUUCAGAAGAAACUCAAGAGCGGCAAAAUAGUCACGCUGCUGUUCUGGCAUCGGGUUUCCGUCUACCCGGAGAGGCUGGGUGACCUCGCUGCCAAGAAUUUCGUCCCUGGCCCGAUCCUGUACGUGGAAGGGAAUCUGGAGUCGAAGGCCUUCAAUGACCCCAUCACGGGCCUCGUCCGGCGGAUUCAAGAGGUGGCCGUUCGGAGGCAAUGUGUAGUUGACAUCAUAUCUGGGCGCCCACUCAUAGUCGAGCCCUACCUUGCCCAGAUAGAAGCGUUAGUGGUAGCAUGGAUUCUGGGGGCAGAAGGCCAAGGCGUGGCCGACCUCCUAUUCGGGGACUACAGUUUCAUGGGAAAACUCAUCAGCGCUUGGUUUAAGUCAGUCAAGCAGCUUCCCAUGAACGUAGAGGACCCACAUUAUGAUCCCCUUUUCUCAUUUGGGUUUGGCCUGACAAGUGACAACUGA